UACGUUAUCAUACAGUUCACUUUCAAUGUCGCGAACCGCUAAGUAUUCGCGACGCAACAAUCUGUACAUGCUAUAAUACUAAAGAUUCAUUGUUUUCUGUUGUAGAGCAGCUACAACGUCCGAUUCUAGUUUUAAAUGGCAAUCAAUCUUACAAUUUACGAGAGUGCCGUUCAGAUCACUUAGAAAAUUCUCAUCUCUCCCUUUCCAUAACAACAAUCCCGUGUAUCCACAAGAUCCACCUCCAUUCGAAUCUUUCGGAACGUAGGUUGCUCCUUGCGUUUGCCUUUGUCCACGUUUCAACUCAAUUCGUCAGUUUCCUUUUAUAUACUUUUGCCAUAACUGCUAGAAUUUUUUCGUGGCAACGGCAUCAACGAGCAGGGAGUGAAAAAGAUUGUUCUUGGGAGGAUCGAUGGAUCGACUGAUCGAUGAAUCGAUUCUCCCAAGUCAGCAAUGAAACUCUGGUCCCCAUUGGUGCGUUGAUUGUUCCGAAAUCUCUCUUUCGCGAUUAACACAACUUUGUUCUUUAUGUUCCUCUAGGUCUUGCGAAGCUAACCCAUCCGUCGAUUGUUCACGUUCAAGCAUUCGGUUUCAAUCAAUCGGACGGAAGAAGAGAGAGAGAGAGAGAGAGAGAGAGAGAGAGAGAAAGAAAGAGUGAGAGAAUGAGCGAUUGAGCGAGUGAAUUUGUUCGUCGAUAGCAAAGUCGACCUGCAUUUGGAAGAAACCUCGACCCCUCACCAAAGAAACCGUAUUCACAUCAAGAAGAUCGCAUUAUCGUGAAUCUGGCUCAACGGUCGAAGAUUGACUCAAAGACCGACCCGGUGACGUUGCAUCAUCGAAGAGACAACCAUGACAAGUGAUCACCAACCUGCAUCCUCGAAUUCGAAGAUAUUGCGCUAAGGAUUAUCGAAAUACGCGUAAACGGCUGCAAAUUGCACCGUGUUUGAUGGUUCGAAUCUCUUAAUAGAUUUGGGCUGAACGCAUUUAAUGUAGUCAGUGUUGUUUGUUUUUAAUGGUAUAUUAUCAAAGUCCGUUUUAACUUAUCUCCUAGAACGUCGAUAAUAGUUUGAUGUGACAUCAAGUGUCUAACAGAGAUAAUAAAUAUAAUAAUACAAUUUUCCAACAAUUUUCAAGUAUUUUACCGUAACCGAGAUCGCUCGUUUCCCACACGAAGAUUGGACGUGUAAACCACACGUACACGCACACGAUAAUUUAAAAAGAAAAAGUUCCCGUUUGCAAAUUUAGCGUUCGCCUUAUAAGUUUGUAGAAUACCCACAAGUUUAUAUUCUCCGAUAAUUUGUUUUCUUUAUGUAACACGGAAGAAAUUGAAAUCGAUCACAAUAUGUUCUUGCUCGUCCUAAUUGAUGCCGACGCCUAUCGAGGAUAUUCGUCCUGCGUCUCAUUUCUAUGUACAAAAGUACUGGGUGACGAAAUGUACCUAAAGUGUCCGGCGCCGGUCAAUGUCCACAACGAUGCCGAUCCAUUAAGCCUGAAUUCGAAGGAUAUCUACGAGGAGAUUGGAUACCGGGCUUCUCAACAUUGGGUGCCAGAAACGGACAAACCUUACAUAUGCACAAACUGCGGCAAAGGAUACACUCACAUAUUCACCCUUAAUCGUCAUCGUAGGACAGUUUGCGGGGGUGGCUUGUCGGGCCAACAGUUGGACGACUCGCUGACGCCGGACCAGUCCGGCAAACCUGUCUUUGUCUGUCCGAAAUGCGGCAAAGGUUACACCUGGAAGGCAAGCCUUCAGCGUCACUUGAGCACUGGUUGCGGAUUACCACCGAUGUUCUGCUGCAAAUUGUGCGACUACAGAACCAGCAGGAAGGACAUACUCUUCAGGCACAUGAGACACGUGCAUUCGCGACUUCCAGCUUAGCCUAAUUUUACCUUUGUUCGUCGUCUUUUCCGUCGCUUCUCCGACCGAUCGCGCGCUUCCAGAAGAAUUACGAAGGAUCUUCUUUUCGCCAAGGCGGACGUUGAGAAUUGAGAAACGUCCGAAUUCAAACGACCGUAAGAUCAUUGAGGUGGAAUGACUGCAUCAACAAUGGCGUUUGGAACGUACAAGGUUACGUGACUAACUAUGGCCCCGUCGAUGGUCUCCAACUUCCUCCGGAUUUCGAUAAGUUUAAGAUUUCCGCUGCGACACAGUCCCUGUUGAACAGUCACAAGAGGCA